CCCAAUGCCUCUCUAUCUCUCUCUCUCUCUCUCUCUCUCUCUCUCUCUCUCUAAACCUCAAUCUUCAUCGCCAAUUGUUUCAGCAACAAUUGAACCAUGAAGAAGCUCUACCGAAGGGGCACGGUUCAUCCGUCACCGCCAAUCAUAUCAGACCACCUGGCCUUCCUUCCCGCCACCAUCCUCACCCUGGCGUCGGCUCUGUCACCCGAGGAUAGAGAAGUUCUGGCUUACCUCAUCUCCUGUUCUAACAGCUCCGUUAACUUAUCCUCUUCCUCCUCGUACGCUGCUCCACGUAAAAAGACAACCACCGCCGCCUCCAAAAAGACGGCAGCAGCAAAGGGCGUCAUCGGCGGCGGUGGGGUCGGCGGGGACCACCCGGCUAGGUUUAACUGCAACUGCUUCAGGUGCUACACGAGUUACUGGGUCAGAUGGGACGAGUCGCCGAAUCGCCAACUCAUCCACGAGAUCAUCGAUGCUUUCGAAGAUGAGCUGCUGACUGAGAGCAAAGGAUUUUCAUCAAAGAGUAGUAGGAAAGAGAGGAGGAACAAGAGUAGGGUUAAUAAUGGCUCGGGUGAAUUGAAGCGGUCAGAGUUGAGUGUGAAAAAGAAGGAGCUGGCUCAGUCUCACACGGCGGACCAAGAGGCCGGUGGCGGUGGCGGUGGCGGUGGCGGAGAGGUUGACGAGGAAGACUCGGAAAAAGGGUCAGUGAGAAGGUUUGUGGGCUUUCUUGGAGAGAGAAUAUGGGGUGUGUGGAGUCAAUAAGUAUUAGGUUAAGAUGUUUCCUCCCCUGAAGACGGCAAUUAAGCUGCAAUAUGGCUUAAUUAAUGAGGUGGGUUUUAGCUAAUUCCAUCUUCUUCAUCUUCAUGUUCAAGGAAAAGACUACUUUAUUUCUUUUUUGUGGGUUGUCCGUAAAUUACCCUCUCAAGUUCAUGUAAAAAGAAAAUGGGUAAUUAAAUUUUGAUUUUUUGAGUCAUGAUCACAACUUAGUUUAGUUUUAUCAUUGCGGUUUAGUGCUUCAUUAACAAUUUAUGACUGUUAAAAAUGUGUGUACAUAUAUAAUGUGCUUUUAAUUAGAUAGUAAUACUAGUUGGAUGACUGA